UUCUUUUUUCCCAAUGGACUUUCUGGCCGAGAACAACUUGUGCGGACAGACGCUGCUGCGGCUCGUGUCGCGCGGCAACGCCAUCAUUGCCGAGCUGCUGCGCCUGUCUGCGUUCGUGCCCAGCGUCUUCCGCAUGGAGACACGCGCCGACCGCGAGCGCUACGCCGACAUUGUCCUCGACUUUAGCUACUUCAAGUCGAGCGAGUUCUACGACAACAAGAUUGAAACCAAUCCCGACCUGCUCGAACUCGACGAGGAGUUCCGCGAAAACCACAUGGAACUGCUCACGCGAUUCUACCUCGCGUUCGAGAGCAUUUACAAGUACGUGAUUGACCUCAAGCGAUACUUGGAGGAUUUGGACGAGGGCAUCUUCAUCCAGCAGACCCAGGACACGGUCAUUUUCAACGCAGACGGCAAGCAGCUGAUGGCGGAGGCGCUCUUCCUGUACGGCGUCAUGCUCAUGAUUGUGGACAUGCGCCUGGAGGGUCCUGUCCGCGAGCGCCUGCUUGUGUCGUACAACCGCUACCGCGGCGCCCAGACGAGCGAUGCGCACGUCGACGAUGUGUGCAAGCUGCUGCGCUCGACGCGCUUCAACCCCCGCGACGGCUGGGCCAAGCGCCCUGCAGGCUACCCCGAGGACUACUUUGCCCGCGUGCCCAUCAGUCCGCAGUUUAUCGACAUGGUGCUCGGCCGCCUGCGCACCGACGACGUGUACAACCAGAUUUCGGCCUACCCGCUGCCCGAGCAACGCUCGGCCGCGCUUGCGACCCAGGCAUCCAUGCUCUACGUGAUCCUGUUCUUUGCCCCCGACAUUCUGCAAAACCAGCAAGCCAAGAUGCGUGAAAUUGUCGACAAGCACUUUCCCGACAACUGGAUUAUCACCAUCUACAUGGGCGUCCCUGUCAACUUGAUGGACGCCUGGGAGCCGUACAAGGCGGCUCGCCUCGCGCUCAACAACACUGGCGAGCUUGGCAACGUCAAGCACCUGGCAGAGCGCUACGUCUCGCGCGUCAACAAGCUCAACAAGGACGUGGCCGCGUUCCUGACGGAGGGUGUUCUGGUCGAAGAGUAUGUGCUCGACCACAUUCCAAAGUUGAUGAGCUGCAUGCGCGACUGCAACGUGACCCUGCGCUGGUUGAUGCUGCACACAAACGAGGCUGCCGCAGAGGGCUCGACGCGCUCGCGCAAAAUCCGCGAGCUCGUCCUGGCGGCAGGCUUCAACCACCGCGACCUCUUCCAGCUGCUGCUCAACACGAGUCAGUUUGAGUUUGUCCUCAAGCAGCUCUUCUCCGAGCUGCUGGAGCGCAAGCAAGCCAAGUGGCAAGCCUGUCAAAAAGAGGCCGCCGAGCGCAUGACCGAGCUGGCCGACGUCUUUAGCGGCACCAAGCCCCUGACGCGCAUUGAAAAGAAUGAAAACCUCCAGGCGUACUUCACCGAGAUGGCCAAGCAGAUCAACUCGCUCGACUACUCGGACUCGACUUCUGCCGGCCGCAAGAUCAUCCAGCUCAUCCAAGCUCUCGAGGAGGUGCAAGAGUUCCACCAGCUCGAAACCUCCCUGCAAAUCAAGCAAUUCCUCGCCGAGACGCGCACCUACCUGCACCAAAUGAUUCGCACCAUCAACAUCAAGGAGGAAGUGCUCGUCAACAUUGAGCUGAUUGCCGACAUUUCCUACGCGUGGGAAAUCAUUGAUCUCUUCACGCCGUUCAUGCAGGAGAGCAUCAAGCACGACCCGUCCGUCGUCAUCAAGCUCCGUGCCACCUUCCUCAAGCAGGCAUCGGCGCUCGACGGGCCCCUCAUCCGCAUCAACCAAGCUGCGUCCCCGGACUUGGUGUCUGUCUCCCAGUACUACUCUGGCGAGCUCGUCUCGUACGUGCGCAAGGUCUUGCAAAUCAUCCCGGAAUCCAUGUUCCGCAUCCUCGAAAAGAUCAUCCACAUCCAGACGGAAAGCAUGACCGAGCUCCCAACCCGGCUAGACAAGGACAAGAUGCGAGAAUUCUGCCACUUGGACGAGCGAUACGAGGUGGCGCGCCUCACGCACGCCAUCUCGGUCUUCACCGAGGGCAUCCUUGCCAUGAAGACCACCUUGGUCGGUAUCAUCAAGAUUGAUCCCAAGCAGCUGCUCGAGGACGGCAUUCGCAAGGAGCUUGUUCAGCAGGUUGCGCUGGCCAUGGACCGCGUUCUCGUCUUCCCACGAGGCAAGAAUGAGCUGGAUGGCCGCCUCGACCAGCUUGCGCUUCGCAUGGACGGCUUCCGUCGCUCGUUCGAGUACAUCCAGGACUAUGUUAACAUUUACGGCCUGCGCAUCUGGCAAGAGGAAGUGUCGCGCAUCAUCAACUACAACGUCGAGCAAGAGUGCAACAGCUUCCUCAAGACCAAGGUAUACGACUUCCAGUCCAUCUACCAGUCGACCGCCAUUCCCAUCCCGCGCUUCCCGCCCGCGCCCGAGGACGUGUCUGUCAACUUUAUCGGCCGUCUCGCGCGCGAAAUUCUCGGCCUCACGGACACCCGCACCACUGCGUACAUUGAGGCCAUGAGCGCUUGGUACGACACCAAGACUUUCAAGGAGGUCUUUGCGAUUCGGUCGUUUGGCCGCCUGCAGAAGGCCGUCGGAACGUUCGGUCUGACUGGCCUCGACCGUCUCUUCUCCUUUAUGAUUGUCCGCGAGCUCCAAGUCUUCACGUCGCUCAUCAGGAAGCACCUCAAGCUGGAGCGUGGCCUCAAGGGUCUGCUCGAGGAGAUUUCUCGCUCGCUGGAGCCCACCCACCAGCUGCCCGAUCAACCGCAAAAGCUCUACGCCGCGGCCAUUGCCAAGAUGGCCAAGCUCUUCCCAGCCUACGUUGAUGUCAUUAUGCGCGUUGGCCAGCUCCAGAUUCUGCGUCGCCAGAUUGCUCACGAGCUCCUGUUCUCCUGCAAGCUCGACUCCAAGCUGCUUGCCAGCACCCUGACCGUUUUCAACACCUCCAUCAAGAUGGACAUUGACGAGCACUACCGCGACCCCAACAAGCCGUACCCCGCCGAAGACAACCCGCUGCUGUUUGAGCUGGCGGCCUAUCUCGAGUCGGCCGGCAUCAGCGACCCCUUCACCAAGAUUUACACGACCUCGACCAAGCUCGACCAUUUCCCGCUCCUCAACUGCAUGUUUGUCUUGGCCCAGCUCACCAAGCUCUCCUACAACAAGAGCGUCGGUGCUCUGAUGAGUCGUACCAAGAACGAUCCCUUGGACGGCACGCCGUUCGCUGUCGGCAUCAUUACUCUGCUCAAGCAGUUCCACUCUUCGCAUUCGUCCAAGUUCCUCGCCCUGCUCGGCCAGUUUGUGCGCGCCCAUUUGAACUUUGGACCAAAGGACAAGGUCGUCGAGCUGCCAGCGGAGGUCGUUAACGUUCUCGUCUUCCUCGAAGAAUACAGCAAGUACUCUGGUAUUUCGCGCAAGAGCGUUGAGGCGCACAUUCCUUCAUAUGUCUUUGAUCAUUUCCGGCAGUAAGGUCAGAAUGCUCCUGACUGUUCCAUGUGUCGGUAUCUUUUCAUUCGUUGUUUUCUCCAGACCUGCUUCUUUUUUUUUUUCUUUCUUUCUUUCUUCCAUCUGGUUUUAAUGUCCUAUAGUAUCUGUCAUAAUUGUUGGUUCCUGAUGUCAUUUUUUUUUCUUCAAGUACAAACACAAACGUAAACACA